CCGCGGCAAGGACCUUGCCACUCCCAACUGGCAUGACUGACGGCGCCGUCGCCGCGUGGUGUCGAGAAGUGUGCGUCUCGAGCACCACGUCGUCGCUAUGCAAUCGCUCCAUCGAGAUCUGCCCUCCGUGUGUGCGACGCACCGCCCUUGACAUCCUCAUGUGCAGUCCCGGCAACUGCUCCGCCGCGGCAGUGUGUCCUCCGACCAUUCAACCCACCACUUCUCCACGACCUACGACCACCCCCAACACGACCAAUGUAUCCACGGCAGUCGCGACGACAUUUCCAACAACAUUGCUGGUCACGGCGGCCGUGCCACAGCCGCCUGACCGGGUUGCUCCAAUCUCGUCGUCGUCGACGAUUUUGCCCAUGCCGACGCUCGUGCUGGUCUUGACCGUUGCAGGCUCGUUCCUCGUGUGCUUGACAGGAUUCGCCUGGAUGUACCGCCGACGCCGCGCGGCUAAGCAAGACCUGGACGUGAAUUUAACCAUCGUGCACCGUCGACAGCACGCGAAGGCGUACAAUCCAGCGCUGGCCAACUGCAAACUUGACGAGUUUGACAUGCACAGCUACAACCACCCGCGCAGCACGAGCCGCACCCAGAGUAUGAGCAAAAGCAGUUGGCCAUACUCGGACAUGCACUGGUCGUCGCUGUGUCCGUCAACGAACGACAAACCGACCGACGGAGGCGAUGGCUUCGACCCAGAUCCGUGGGUAUUUACCAGCCCGUACCGACGUUCGAGCGUCAUCGAGCUCGGUGGGGACGUUUUUAUCAAACACGAUGAUGGAGCUACGGUUGGCUGUGCGGCCGAUUCGCCAGCUCACGACACCCGAUCGAGCUGUAGCGGCAGUGACGAGGCCAGGGGAAGUAGUCCAACCAACACGGUGAUCCUCGGCCGCAGAUAGUAGUUUUAUUUAAGUGAACACCAACAUGACGUGGGUUUUCCUCUCA